AUGGUCGGCAUAACACCACCUUUGACCACCAACCCUAACCCAGCCAAACCUGUCGUGACCGACGAAGCUUUUUGGGAAGAGCACAGUACAUUUGCUACUGGAUUACCCCAAAGUCUCUCAUCUCCCUCGCUGAGUAACCACGCCAAUAACGAAGAAACAUACGUCAAGCAGUAUUUUGAGCAUUUCCAUCCGUCUUUCCCUCUGUUGCAUCGACCUACAUUCACUGUAUCCUUGACGCCGAAGUUACUGCUGGAGGCCGUUACUGUCAUUGGAAGCUUAUUUUCUCCCAACUUAUAUGAUCAUGGGGAGACGCGAGCUCUCGCACAGUGGCGUCAAGCUAUAUGGCAAAGUGGACAGGAAGAGCUUCGGCAUAUGGUUUCCUUGAAUUGCAGUGAGAUCAGACAGCCCUGGGUCAUGCAAGCGUGGCUUCUCUAUAUAAUCUACGGGGUAUACGCAAGCGAAGCAGGUCAAUUCCAGACCGUGAAAAAGAUGCUGCGGCAACUUAUUGAUGCUGUACGCGAAAUUGGUCUGUCCCAACAGGGUAUCGCUAUGCCAGAUGCCCAGUCUUGGAUGUAUCAGCAUGAUUACAAUUCACCCAGAGAUGAUUCGCAAACUCUCUAUACACGGUGGAUGUCCUAUAUUACCACUGAAUCGAUGAGACUGUCGCUGUACACUCUAGUCUUCCUGGACUCACACACGUUUUCGCCCUGCAAUUCUCGGCCUUUGAUGUCACCGAUGGAACUUGGCUGGGAGCUUCCCUUCCCUAUCAAUUUGUGGGAAGCCAAAAACUCCGAGAUAUGGCUUUUGAGAUUCAAUGAGAACUUUGGACUUUCGACUUUUACAACAGCCAACAGUCUGUUACACGGGCCGCGUGGCGUUGGGACCGCCUCUCUGACAAUUGCUACUCAGCAACUCAUGACCGAAACACCGGACUCGGAACUUUUAUCAGCGCUAGAGGCAUCCCCCUUUGCCGCUUUUUGCGUUCUGACGAACAUGGGUGCUCUUGUGCGGGACUUUACGCGGUGUUACUAUCAGAUGCCGCCCAGUCCAUCCGAUCCGAAUCCGUUCCAUAUACUGACUCAGGCUCAGAAUAAACAAGUGCACACGGCAAUAGAAGCAAUUACGAAGAUUGUCAAGAAGCAGGCUUACACUGGUGACAACCCCCAGUUUCUCCUAUGGAGAACGAACGAGCUCUUCAUCUCUUCUCUCAAGAUCAGCUUAUGUCGCCCCGAUCAGCUCUUGGUAGGAGGCAUUGUGGAUAACAGUUUGAUAGCUGGGAUGGCUGCUUCCACUCACCUGACUCAAGGAAACCUUGUCGCGAUCCGACGGUCAGCACCUCUUGUUCUUCACCAUGUCGGUGGCGAUGAGGGAAUUUUGGCUCUUUUGAAUGAUCUAUCUGGCGCAUUGUCCAGAAUCUCCGGGGAGGAGCAGGAUAAAGUGGUCCGCGAAGCACCAUGGGUCACCGUGACCAGUUACGGUGUUUUAUUAUGUAUCUGGGGAGCGCUCAAACGCGCAAGCACCGAUAUCCGUCACCACUUGAACACAUUCAACGAACUCCCAAAAACCUCGGAAUCUUGCAUGUUGAUCUUCAACACCCUUAUGGAGUCCGCCCUUCUCAAUUUCUCCACAGAGAAUGAUCGGGUCCGAGACCCCCGUUUGUGGACUAUGGAUCGGGAGGCUUUCGUUAGUCUGCUUGAUGAAGGAGAGUCACUAUUUGUCAAUUUAAUCAAGGCCUUCUGUCAGCGAAGAUCCGUGUGGGGGAUCGGGCCUUCCAUGCUGGCUGUCUUGGGCGAGAUCCCGGGUACUGGGCCCGAGUGA